UGCAAACCCAGGGGAAAUCUACAAGUAUGUACUACACUCUGCUGGUCUUGUUUUCGCUGCUUCAAGUUUUCAGCCCGAGCACGGCAGCUCCCAUCCAAGCAGAAGUCGUGAAGAUGAAAUCCAAAGUGAAACGGAUGGCCGAGCAGCUCGUGGUCAAACUCAAUAAAGACUUUCAGGUGCCUCCCGGCCUGACGCUCAGUGAGCCUGCUGACGACCUGGAUGGAUCUUCCUCCGUCGUGGCGGUCUUGGACGGUUACAACAGCCUGAUCUCCGACGCCUUCAACGGCGUCACGCAGAUCAAGUGUGAGAUGUCUUCCCUGACGGGCUACCUCAAACAGUGGAGGCAGGGCCACUGCAGCGAGCAGCUGCCAAAGCCUCCGGUGUUGGGACCGCUGCAGGAGCUCCAGAGCCGCAAAGACUUCAUUCACACCGUGAGCAUCGAGGCUCUCAUGAGAGUGAAGGAGUUCCUCAGCCUUCUGCUCAAGAACCUGGAUCAGCUUGAAACUUGCUGAUGGAUGGACAUCGGAAGCAAUACUUGUAAGGUACUAGCCUGGUUGUUGGGCAAGAUUUGUAAAGCCAGCAUCAGUGAUAUCUGGCUGAACAUUUCCCGCUCCCCCAGGCCAUGUGGAACUUCUGAAGGAAACCUGUUCUUGAACAUGCACUUAUUUAUAUAUAUAUAUAUAUUAUGAAUUUAUUUAUAUACUGCAUUCAGAAAUUAUGUAUUUUGUAACAAGCAUUGUCUUUUCAUCAGAAUGUGUUUUUUUUUAGCUUAAAUAUAGUUUCCAAAGAGAUUGUUUAAAUGAAAAGCGCUCGGUGUUUCGCAUGCAGAGACAAAUCGGCAGCUCGUGGGUUUUUGUAACUGCGACACCAACGAUGUCACUUUAAUUCAGUAAUGCUGAAUCAGCAUUAUGAGAUAAAACCGCAGCCAGAGGAAACGUAACGACAAGCAGUGCUGUCAUCUCUGGAAAUUCCUGGAAACCUGUUGCCAAGAAUAACAAAUGUAUGAGACCUAAAAGAACCGGAAGGGCAAAGGGCGACUUUUAUUGCAGUGCAAUAUCAAGCGCUCUUCCAAAGUGGCUAUUUAUAUCUGGAGGCCUUGUCUUGAAUAUUUUUGUACAGCUGUCACUAUUUUUGUUUUUGUAACUAUUUUAUACAAAAAAUUAAUAAUAAAUAUUUGACAACCUA